AUGGUGGCGGGAGCGACACCAUCAGCGGCAGCAUCGAAUUCGUGCCCCUCCGCUCUAGGGGAAACAGAAAAACAGGAAAGUGAAGCUACAAGGAAACAAUUGAAGGCUGAAUGGGACAAAAAGUUAGAAGAAUUAAGACAACAAUGGGAACAACAACAAAAUGCAGCUACGUCCUCCGCACGUGGUACUGUACAACCUGUCCAAGGCGUAACCAUUCCGGUUCCCGUGAAGACUGAAGUGGAGGAAAUGUUGAAGGACCUGGGGCCCUAUGUGAAAUGGGGGGAGGCCUCCUCGAGCGCCGCAAAGGCAUGUGGAGAACUGAGGGCCCCGGGGGAAGAAAAAGGGGGGGGAAAGCAAACGGGUAACAUGAAGAAUGUGUGCAAAGUAUUUGUGCAAACAGUUAAUUGGAUGGGGAAUUUGAAGAAGGAUGGGACAGAGAAAAAUGGGGGGACCAAGGAAGAGGAUUGGAAACAGUACCUACGAUGUGCAGUGGGAUAUGAAGUUCUGUUAAGAGUACUUUUACCUAAAUAUGAAGUAGAAAAAUUUAUGAAAGUUAUCUCCGAUACAAUGAAAGCAGGGGGAACGCAACCUACAGAAUCCGGAGUGACAAAUAUAUGUUCUUGGGUUAAAAUGAAGGAUGCGAAGGAUAUGCAAGCGCUCAUUGGGGAUGAAGUGCAAGGAUGGUUAAAUGAAGCCAAGGAAGAUGAAAAGAAGGGUGGUAUUCGUGGGUUCAAGAAUGUUAUAGCAUGGUCUAGGUACACGAAUGAGACGGAGGAACAACAGGCAAGGGCCAAGCAAAAAGCCAAACCUUCUUGCCAAAGUGAUAGUAUUAUAGACUUAAUGAAAGGAGGAAGGGCACAUCAACUGGACGUACUAGUCAAUCCUCUUACCGCAGCUGAAGACUGCAUCCAACAGAAGAAAAAGGAUGGCACCACUGAGAAAUCACUUUGUGAUCGCCUAAAAUGUAUUGAUGACUACUUGAAAUCACAGAAUAAGACAACACCACCAGGAGGAUCUCCAGGAGGACCACAAACAGGAACAGGACAACCGUCAGCUACGAAAGACUUCUGGGAGGACAAUGGCGCAGUGAAGACGCUGUGGACAGAACUGUCCACAGCAAUGACAGCAAAUUUGAAAAACGGAAGCGGUACUGACUGUGACCGAGUGAAGGAUACAAAUAAUAGUGGCAAUGAUAGAACAGCAACUCAUUCUGAAAAGACGGCAUGCAAGUAUUUGCAUGCCGGCUUCAAACAACUGUACGAUCCGACGACGCCGUCGCCGUCGUCGUCAGACGACGGCAUCCUUUCUAAGAACAACCCAUCGUUUAGACAAACGAUGGGUUGUUUUUUACUUCAUUCCUAUGCAAAAUAUAUGCAAAAAAAUGCAAUUUGUAAUAUUGAUAAAGGGAUAGAGGAAGCAUUCAAACUGGGAAAGAAUCUAAGUACUAAUGGUGCUAAUUGCAAUACUUCCAGUGGCAAGGGACAAUGUGUCCCUUGCCACUGGAAUGAUACCAGCAUGGACAGCUGCACCGUGCAGACUGGCACACAGGAAGCGGGCAUUCCAGGGGACAAAGUGCAAAGCAUCUUCAAGAACGACCAGACCAACAUUCCGAAAAUGCUAACUGAAAUAAAUAAAAUGGAGACUCUAUGCAGCCGCCUCCAAUGUAUAGCAUCCCAUUUAAAUCCCUCAAGCGGACAAGGACAUGGUGGCACGAGCGAGGAAGAAUUCUGGAAGGACUACAAUGGCGAAGUGGCGGAACUAUGGCAAGAAUUCGCCCAAGCAAUGGCACAAAGUGGGGGCCAUAGCAACGCUGAUCAAUGUAAUACAGUGGAUAAUGGCACGGGAGGUGCUACUGGCAGAACGCCCACCAUCCCUGAGAAAAGGGCAUGCCAAAAUCUUACAUUAGGUUUCGAAAAACUGAAGCAACUUUCACAGUCCGCAGCGUCUCAAAGAAAUAACAGUAAAAUCUUGGAUAAGGACCCAUCGUUUGUCCAAACGAUGGGUUGUUUAUUUCUUAAAGAAUAUGCAAAGCACAUGAAAGAAAAAUCUACUUGUGUCAUUGAUUCUGGUAUAGAGAAGGCAUUUGAGGCAUGGAAUGAAAAAAAAGGAACUUCUUGCACGAACGGAAGUCCGUGCAUUGACUGUAAAUGGAAUGAAAAUUUGGACAACUGCAAAAUUAACACAACUAACGCAGCUAGUAAAGAAACCACCCAAACGCCAUUGACGGAAAAGUUAACAUUAGUUAAGGGCAGAAUUGAAGGCACCGCAUCUACCAUAAUGAACGACAUAAACAUAACAAAGUCUUUAUGUCAACAACUCCAAUGUGCCGCAGGGAAGUGGUUCGAAAAGCACAGUAAGGAUAACAGUGGUACUGCUACUCCAAAGAAGAGUUGGUGUGACUUUUGGAAGGAGGGCGUCGGAGACGCACUCCAGAAGAUGUUCAAGGAAAUCGAAUCCGAAGGACAGAAGAAUUCAACCAACACUAAUGAUGUUGUAUGUAAAGAAUUUGGUGAUGGUAAUCCACUUAGUGUUGAACGAAAAGCUUGUAAUCAUAUCACAGCAGGUUUAGACUACAUUAAAAAGAUUCCAAAUGGUGCUACUGCCAACCCAUCUAAUGGUAAAGACAACCCACUGCUCGAUAGAGCAGUCGGUUGUUUUGCUCUUAACAUGUACGCUGAUAAAAUAAUAGAAAAGUCGAAGGAUACAUGUCCCAUUGAUGAUAAAAAAAUAGAGGGCAUGUUUAAAAAAUGGAAUGAUGAAAAAAAUAAUAAUUCGUGUAAAGGUAGUGGUAAUAACAAUGAUUGUUUUGAAUGUCAAAGACAACCAAAAUUUAAUGGUUGCCAACUAAGUGUUGACAGCUCUUUGGUUAAUACAUCAACAUCACCACCAAAUGAAAGUUGCACUGAUCAAAAGGACAAAGACAAAGUCCAAAGUGAAAUGAGCAAACUCCUCAACGACAAUAGCACCAUCCAUAUGGAAGAAAAAGUGUCCAAAAUCACUAACAUUACGACCUCUUCUUUGUGUACUCAACUCCAGUGCGCAGCAAAGAAAUGGGGAAAUCCUAAUAGUAACAUAUCUUCAAAUGGAGAAGUUAGUUGGAACCAAUUCUGGACAAAGACUGGUGAAGUCGCCAACUUAUGGAAAGAUUUGUCGAGCGCCAUGACGAUUAAUGAAAACGACGCAGGUGAUUGUAGGACCGUGGACAGUGGCAGAUCUGCCACCAACCCUGAAAGGAAAGCAUGCCAGCAUCUUACAACAGGUUUCAACAAACUGAAAGAAAAUCUAACGAAUGGAACUUCAACUUACCCCAUCCUGAGUAAAGACCCAUCGUUGAGACAAACAGUGGGUUGUUUUCUUCUUAAAGAAUAUGCCAAAGAAAUGAAAGACACAUCAACUUGUGUUAUCGAUUCCGGUUUAAAAAAGGCUUUCAAUUCAUGGAAUAAAAAUAUUAAUGAUAAAUGCACGGGCGGUAGCCCGUGCAUUCAGUGCAACUGGGACGAUAACACCUUUCAGAGUUGUGAAAUUAACACAACUGAUGCCAGUGGCAUCACCACCAAAGAGACUGCAGAUAAGAAGUUAGACAAAGUAAAACCCCAAAUUACUGACACCGCAACUAACACCCUACCGAAAAUAAAUGAAAUGAAGAACUUAUGCGAAUACAUUAGAUGUGCCGGACCCAAAUGGUUCAAGAACAAAAACGGGACUAGCGGUAACUCUAAGCAGACUUGGUGUGAUUUUUGGGAUAAAGACGGCGUCAAACCCGAACUGGAGAGGAUGUUCAAACAGAUCGAGUCCGACGGGAAGACCAAGAAGAAUGUUGUAUGCCAAAAUUUUGGUGAUGGUAACACUGAUAGUGUAGAAAGAAAAGCUUGUAAUCAUAUCACGGCAGGUUUAGACUACAUUAAACUGAUUCCAAAUGGUGCUACUUCCACUCAGACCGUUCAUCAGGAUGAUGAUAACUUUUUUAAACAAUCUAUGAUGUGCGCAGCACUUAAUCUUUACGCCACUAAAAUAAGAGAUGAUUUGGCUGAUAAAUGUCCCAUUGAUGAAACAAGAAUAGAACAAAUGUUUAAUAAUUGGUAUGCUAAAAAUAAAAAAUCUUCUUGUCCGACCUCUGGUGUUAGUGUUAGUGGUGGUAAUAGUAAUAAUUGCUUUAAGUGUGAAAGGUAUGAAGACUUUAAGAAUUGCAACCUCCUCGUUGAUGAAGACCUCAUUGGAACAUCAACACCAUCACAACCAAAUGCAAAUUGCAAUGAUAACGAAGAAAAUAAAAAAGUCCAAACUCAAAUGAACAAUCUCCUCCAAGCUGACCCCAAAAUGGAACCAACAUUAAACGAAAUAAAUGAAAUGAAAUCUUCUUUCUGUACUCAAGUCCAAUGCGCAAUAAAAAAAAAACUAAAGAUCAAAAGUGGAAAACCACUUUCAAAUGGGAAACCACCAUCUUGGAAUGCCUUGAGCGAUGAUAUCGAGAACGAAUUGAAGGCACUUCUAAAAAAUAUGACGGAAGGACAGAGUCAAUCUGAUCUCCUAACAUACUGCGACAAGGACGCUGAAUGGAAUCAAAUUGGCCAUAAACAAAGCAGAACAAAUAAAGCAGCCUGUUUGCUUUUUGCUGCUGGGUUAAAGCACAUUUAUGGCCGUCCCAACGGCCAAAAGAAUGGCCAGUUUAAGGGCCCAUCGUUUGGACAAACGAUGGGUUGUUUAUUUCUUAAAGAAUAUGCAAAACAAUUAAAAAAAAUGGCAGAAGAUAAGAAAAAAGGACAUAGUUGGGUACAUCCCCAUUGCAGCAUAGAGGAUGGUAUAACAUAUGCUUUUGGUAAAAGUGAAGACAUUAUGAGGAGUGUAUUAGAUGAAUGUAGCAAUGGUCCUAAUGGUACUUCUUGUUUUGUGUGCACACAAAACGAAAACGAUUAUAAAGAUUGCUCCAUUGGCAAUGACGAAGUAAAGACCAAAGUGGAACCACUGCUCAAAGAGAAGAGCGACUCAAUGCAAGAAACAUUAGAGAAUACAGUCUGUCCCAUCCUUCUUACGGAUCUCCUUACCCCUUUUCUUCCUUUGGCUCCUGUCUCUAUUGGUCUUUCUGCUAUGGCUUAUUACCUUUGGAAGUAUUUUGGUCCUCUUGGUAAAGGAGGAUCACGUUUCAGAAGAGCUCCUUUAAGAAUUCCCGGUCCAUCAGUACAGGAACAAGUCCUCGAUCAUGUGGAAGAAGCCGGUUCACAUGAAUAUCGAUUAGUAAAGGAACGAAAACCUCGUUCUGCUCCAACGAGAACGAAACGUUCUGGUCCCGUGAAUCGCCGCACGAUUAUUGAAAUUCAUUUUGAAGUGUUGGACGAAUGUCAAAAAGGGGACACUCAAUUGAACCAAAAGGAUUUUAUGGAACUUUUGGUUCAAGAGUUUAUGGGAUCCGAAUUAAUGGAAGAAGAACAGGUUCCUAAGGAAGAAGUUCUUAUAGAAGAGGUUCCUAUGGAAAAUGUUCCAAUGGAACGUGUUCCAAGUUUAUGUUCCGGAUUUAUGAUUUGA